GGAGGACAGAUCGCGAAUAGAUUUGGGGGGGUGGAGGUGGGUAGGAGGCAAAAAAAGGUACGGAAUGGAGGAGGCUCGAGAGAGAAAGAGAGAGAGAACGGUCUGGAGAGAUGGGAUGGAUAGAUCGAUCGUUGUUGGUGGGAGGGGAGGACAGCGGCGACAGGACAAGAAAGAUCGGCGGUAACAGGGCGAUCAAACAAGACGGAUGGAAUGUCGGAUCAGAUAUGAUGAGGGGUGUUGAAAAGAGUAGAAGAUGAUGAAAGGGGGAUGAAGGGAAAGGAAAGGAAGGGAUUUAGGGGGGGCUGAGCGGUUGGUGGAGGGAGUGGUGAAUGAGCAAGAAGGCGAGAAAGCCGAGGAAGAGAUUGAUAAUAGAGGCAGGAAGUGGGUAAGUAUGGAAAUGGAUGGUGGUGGUGAUGAUGAUGAUGAUGAAGGUGAGGGUGACCACCGUAUGCUGAUAACCACGGGCCAGACCUUUUUCGGACGGUUCUGUCAUGAGACGGGCAAAUAGAAAGUACCAGAUUACUUACCAACACGCCUCUCGGUCUGUUUUUUUUUCACUCGACUAUUUUUGAAGCACUCGCUUUUUUUCUUUUUUGGGAUGCCUCUGAACUUUUUUUUGUUUUUGAUUAAUUUCUUUUUUCCCCCUUCCCUUCGCUUCUUCGCGUGCUCUGUCGGUCUGUCAACUUUCCCAGCAGUAUGGUCUUUUUGCUUAUCAGGCAGCCCUUCUGUUAUCGAUCUCCCAGGGGGAUCUACGACCGGGGGCUAUUCCUUUUCCUUCUUCUCGUCAGGGAUUUGCUUUUUCCUACCCUGCAAUCUGUAGGUUCAAACCGAUAGUUUGACGGAAUAAAAAGUCUGAAUGUCUCU